UUGUUUCUGUCUACUCCUAGGCCCUCAAAACUCCACAUUAUUUUCUCUCUCUAAAAAGAAAAAAAAAAUCCUCUUUCUCUCUCUAAAAUCUCCUAAAUUUGGAACAAGUUUAUUUGAAAGACAAUCAAAUCUUUUGAAGAGUGAAAAAUAAAAAUCAAAUCUUGGAAAAAAGAAAAAGAAAAAGAAAAAGAUGGGAUUGUCAAAUUUCCCAAGUCCAGCAGAAGGUGUGCUACCAGUGUUAGUGAUGAACACAGUAAUGUCAGUGGCAAUAUUGAAGAAUUUAGUAAGGUCAGUACUUCAAUUGAUGGGAGCAACUAAUUGGGUUUCUAACAAUUUUGAGGAAAAUUCAUCAACAACAACAACAAAUGAAUUGUGCCCACCAAACAGUACUUAUAGAAUAAGGAAGAUGAGGGGUAUUUCAAUUACACAGUUCAAGUAUUUGUGUCACAACAACAGCGGUAAAAGUAACAGUAACAGUAAAAAAAACCAAAAAGAUUCAAACUUUACCCUUGAAGGAAGAACAUCAAUUGAGUGCUGUGUUUGUUUGUGUAAAUUUGAGGAUGAAGAAGAAGUUAGUGAAUUGUCUUGUAAGCAUUUCUUUCAUAGAAAUUGCUUGGACAAGUGGUUUGAUAAUCAUCAUAGUACAUGCCCACUUUGCAGAUCUAUGCACUGAAAUCAUUUUAGUUUUUUUUUUUUUUGGGUAGGAAAUUUAAGUGAUGGUGUUUAUUUAGCACACUUUUUUUUUUUUUUUUGGAGGAGGGUUUCUUUGAUUUCUUCGAACUUUUCCUUUUUUUUCCUCUAUUUUCCAGCAAAGUGUGACCCAGGAAAAAAAAAAUAAAGAACAAGAAUGAACCUUUGCUGUUGUAGUAUGUAGACCUGUAGUGUUGUGUGUUUGUCUAAAGCACCAAUAAAAAUUAUGAAAAAAAAUACAGAAUGAAUAGUUCAAGAAGCUUUUAGUUGUUGUA